ACAUGGCGAUGCACAACAAGGCGGCGCCGCCGCAGAUCCCCGACACCCGGCGGGAGCUGGCCGAGCUGGUGAAGCGGAAGCAGGAGCUGGCGGAAACACUGGCGAACUUGGAAAGACAGAUCUAUGCUUUUGAAGGAAGCUACCUGGAAGACACUCAGAUGUAUGGCAAUAUUAUUCGUGGCUGGGAUCGGUAUCUGACCAACCAAAAAAACUCCAAUAGCAAAAACGAUCGGAGGAACCGGAAGUUUAAGGAAGCUGAGCGGCUCUUCAGUAAAUCCUCAGUUACUUCAGCAGCUGCAGUAAGUGCAUUGGCAGGAGUUCAGGACCAGCUCAUUGAAAAGAGGGAGCCAGGAAGUGGGACAGAAAGUGAUACUUCUCCAGAUUUCCAUAAUCAGGAAAAUGAGCCCAGCCAGGAGGAUCCUGAGGAUCUAGAUGGAUCUGUGCAGGGAGUGAAACCUCAGAAGGCUGCUUCUUCCACUUCCUCAGGGAGUCAUCACAGCAGCCAUAAAAAACGAAAGAAUAAAAACCGGCACAGCCCGUCUGGCAUGUUUGAUUAUGACUUUGAGAUUGAUCUGAAGUUAAACAAAAAACCACGAGCUGACUAUUAGAAGACUCACUAGUACAGAAGCUUCCAGGUUAUAGAGCCCUGCUUCCCUUGUCCGACCUCACAAAGAUAAACAUCUCUUACCUGAGUACGUGGCCAUCUACAUCUGCUUUCCCUGACCCGGUGCCUGCCACGCUGAGUAGUUUGUUCUGAAAUGUGGUGACCAAAAAAGUCGUUUCUGGAAGACCACAUCGGAUCAUUUACUUGGUGUCAUUUUCAGUAACAGAACUGCAGGAAGACCAAGACAUGGUUAUAACCCCAGCAGGUUACUUGCUAACCGUGCAUUUCUCCCCUCUUGGAAUGAAUGCCCCCCCCAGAGUGGUUGGCAUCGACGUCGUCCAUGUUACCCGCCAGGAGUGUUUGCCAGCUUUAUGUGGAAAGUAGAACACAGGUUGCAUUUCAGAUGGAAGCUGUAAAUAUCUGACAUUUUCUUUGUGUUUUAUUAUUUUUCUCUUGUUUUUACCAUCUGAUUUUCUUUUGGGACUUUUUGUAAUGCCAUUGUACAGCUCAUACCUUCCUACUGACAUAGCUAAUAAUCUGUUUUGUGAAGUUGCCAAUAUUCUUAACUGAAAAUAAUUCGGUUUACCAUAAAUAAAAAGGGGAACUUGACUAUCUUGUCUUUUUGCAGGGAGAUGGUAAAGAGUGUUUAUUUAAUAAUACCUAUCUUAAAUCUUUCUAAGUUGAAAGCAGUUUUGUGUUCAAGGAAUAGGAAUAGCUGAAAAACGUGAGUUUAAAGCAAUCCUUUUAAAAUAGAUAUUUUUAUUCUUUUGUAUAAAUAAAAUAUCACAGGCUUUGACUUCUCCUACUUUACUUUUAAACCUGAGAUGGUUUUUCCAUUUAUUUUAUUUAUUCAUGUCAUGCCUUAUGGAAAUUUCUUUUUCCAUCUUUUCUCUUUGCUGGUAUUUGCCUGAUUUAAGUAUUGCUCUUAAAAUCA